UUCAGGAGCGUUGACUUCAAAAAGCCAACUCAAAGAGCCGUUUCGCGUGGAGGAUGCGUGUGGAGUGGAUGGCGUGGCAGCGUGUCUGAUUCAUUCGCCUGAUGUAUGACGACUCAGUAGACAUUCGGAAUUGAAUUGGCCACCAAGAACAAGCUGAAUGGAGAUGGAUGGGGCCGGUUUUUACAGCAGCUGCAAGGUUUGCAAGCAUGGCUGCCUCAUCAGGGUAACAUACAGUAGUUAGAAACACAAACAGGUUUGACUUCUAAGUGGAUAUACUUCUUUCACACUUUGUCGUGAAGAUGGAAAAGUGUGUUUUUCUGCCCUCCCUGGAUCAGUUCAUGCUGAGCCCACUUGUCACUUGGGUGAAGACCUUUGUUUCACACGAUGAAGGCCGACACUUGGACUUUUCGGACUUGUUGGAUGGAGUCUUAUUGAAUGAUGUUAUGAGUCAAAUAAAUCCUCCAGCUAUACAUCAAACUGCAAAUAAAUUCAGCAAGGAUCCAAGUCAGAGGGUCCGGAACUUAACCUUCCUUGUUCAGCAAAUAAAGACAUAUUAUCUGGAAAACCUGAGACAGUUGAUUCUGAUUCCUGUUCCAAACGUGCUGCUGCUUGCUAGGAUUCCUCAAAGUGAAUUAACUCUGGAGGAAAUGAAGAAACUUUUGUUGUUGCUGCUGGGAUGUGCAGUCCAGUGUGAAAAGAAACAGGAGUACAUUGAGAGAAUCCAGAUGCUCGACUUUGACACAAAAGCAGCCAUCGCGUUGCAUAUUCAAGAGCUAACCCACAGUCAAGACAAUCUACUAGACCUACACUGGCUGGAGUCUUGUGGCAUACCCACCCAUGAGCUGGAGAUCUUGGCAAAGAAUAUGGCCAUGCAUCUUCAACGCCUGCUGAACCAGAGAGAUGCCCACCUGGAAACUAUAGCUGAGCUAACACAGGAAAGGGAAGGUGCGGUUAGUGUGCUCUCGAUCCCAGCCAACCUGCAGUCGGCCAUGUAUCCUUCCAGCAUGCAACAGCAGCAGCAGACUGGGAAUCAUCAACACUUAGUGGUGGAACUUGCUGACUCGAAGGCCAAGAUCAGACGACUUAGACAAGAGCUAGAAGAGAAGAGUGAACAGAUGUUGGACAACAGACACGAGCUAGAGAAUGUGGAGGCAGAGCUGAAGAGGAUACAGCAGGAGAAUCUGCAGCUGCUCAAGGACGCCCGAGCGGCCCGCGCCUACCGCGACGAGCUGGAUGCUCUGAGAGAGCAAGCAAUGAAAGCAGACAAGUUGGAGAGCGAGGUUGGACGCUACAGGGAGCAACUGCACAAGAUAGAGUUCUACAAGGCCAAAGUGGAGGAGCUCAAGGAGGACAACAGAGUGCUCCAUGAGACGAAGGAGGUGUUGGAGGAUCAGCUGGCAGGAUGGAGGGCACGCUCGGAUAAAAUCCACCAGCUGGAGAAACAUAGUCUUCUCCUGAAAGCCCGAAUCCACGACAUGGAACAAGGGAGGGAGGCAGAUCGUAAACGCAUCGAGGAGCUGCAGGACGAAAACCUGACACUCUGUUUAGCACAGAGGAGGAGCCUGGAUGAGUCCCAACAUCUGGGAUGGGAGCUCGAGCAGCUUUCCAAAAACACAGAUAAUUCUCAUGGGCAGCAGACUUUAAGCGAGGAAGUGAGUGAGCGGAUCCGCAGUCGGCUGCUAAAACUGGAGAAGGAGAACCAAUGUCUCCUGAAAACUGUGGAGGAGCUCAGAGCUGCCCCUGCUCGCUGUAACACACAGGCUAAGAAACUCUUCCACCACAAUGACAGGAACCUGGUCCACCAGGACGUCUGCAGCACAGAUAAUCGGACCUCAUCAACUGAAGAAAACACAAUGUUGCUCAUUUCCUGCUCACAUGAACAGAACACCACAAAUGUAUCGAGUCUGACUCUGGUAAAACAGCAGAUAUCCAUGAUGGAUCCCAAACAGCAGCAAGUCUUCACACAAGAACCUGAGGGCGCUCACACAGGCCUCCUGUCAGCUAUUGCAGCUCCUAAUAUUGAGGAGAAAGAACAGUUUGAGGAGGAUAAGAGUGGAGAGCAUUUGCAAGCGGUUAUGUCUGACCUGGAAGUGUAUGAAAACAGUCACCUUGUUGGAGCACACGAUCCCUCCCCUGGCUCAAGAAGCAGAAGCUCCAGCAGUGACGGCAUCUUCGCGGGCUUGCCAGCACGUUUCACUUAUGCCAACAAGCACACAGAGCGUCUGGAGGGCAAGUGCAGGACCCUGGACUCCGUUAAUCAACAACUACAAACUUCUCUUGGUAACAUUGAACGAAAAGUCCAGCGAUUGGAGUGUGAGGUUCAGGAGCUAGAGGCAGACAACCAAAGCCUUCAAGCCACUUUAGAGGAACUCAGGAUUACUGCACGCCGUCUGGAUCAAAUGGAAGCAGAGAAGCAGACUUUGGAAAAAGAAACCACAACUCUGGAGAAGGAAAAAAGGAAACUGGAGAAGGAGAAUCGACGUCUUCGCCAGCAGAGUGAAAUUCAAGAAGCCAAUUUAGACAGCAGCAAUGUCUGCAUGGCGAGCCUGGAAAGGGAGCUGCGCUGCCUCAUAAAGGAGGUGGAAGAGUUAAGGGAGACAGCAGAAAGGGUGAAAGGCCUGGAGAGAGACAACAGAGAACUGACCAAGCAAGUUGCAAUUGACCAGAAGACCCUGGCCACUCUUAGAGAGGAGCUUGUUAGUGAGAAACUGAAGACUCAGCAGAAAGAUACUGAACUAGAGAAGCUUGCCCAUGAGCAGGAGUUGAAGCUUCUCAACCAAGAGACUAAACAACAAGUGGAACUCAACUCAGCAGACAGAUUCAAGAUGCUUGAGUCAGAGUUGCAGCUGUCCAUGAAAAGGUCUUUUCAAAUUAAAGAAGAGAAGAUGGCUGUCCUCGAGGCCCGUCUGCAAGAAUCUUCGACACUUAACCAACAGCUUCGCCAUGAGCUCAAAACUGUGAAACUGCACUGUGAAGCCUUGCAACAGAAGCAGGAGGAGGCAUCAAGCUCCACCUCCACCUCACCACGGGAGAAUGGCAAGGCAAUGAGUGAAUGGCUGCGUGAAAGCCAUGAAGCAACCAAAGAACUGCUGAAGCUCAAAGACCGUCUGAUUGAAGUGGAGAGGAACAAUGCAACUUUGGAGACAGAGCGCCAGGCUACGCAGGCCCAGCUGAAGCAGCUGGAGAGUCAGUCUGACAUUCAACAGGCUCAGAUCCUUGCCCUCCAGAGGCAAGCAGCCUCUCUGCAGGAGAACAACACUACUUUGCAGACACACAACGCAAACCUGCAGGUGGAAAAGUCCACACUGAACUCGCAGAGUGCCUCCCUGAUGGCUCAAAAUGCUCAGCUGCAGCAGCAACAGGCGGGGACAGAAAGCGAGAAAGACGGCGCCAUGCGGGAGCGCGAAGAGCUGCGUGGCGCUCAUGAACAGCUAUUACGUGACCAUGAGCGUCUGGCGGCUCUUCAUGAGCGUCAAGCCACGGAGUAUGAGGUCCUCAUGGGGAAACAUGGCUGUCUGAAAAAAGUUCAUCGCACACUGGAGCUGGAGCAUCGAACACUGCAGGACAGAUACAACAGCCUGUUACAACAGCGGACCAAGCUCGAAGAUCUGGAGAAAUCACUGAAGGAGGAGCAGAUGAGGAUAAGUAUGGAGAAGGAACAUCACAGGACCACUGCUGCUGAAUGUUGCCGGCUGCGGGACGAGAAAGACUGGCUAAACCAAACGUAUCGACAGCUCCUGAACGACAAUCAGCUGCUGUCAGCAGAUCACAAGCAGCUUAAGAGCCAAUUAAAUGAGACUAAGCUGGAGCACACCUGGCUGGAGGCUGAUUUUGCCAAGCUCAAAAAGGAGUAUCAGCAGCUUGACAUCACCUCCACAAAGCUGACCAACCAGUGCGAGUUGCUAAGCCAGUUGAAGGGAAACCUGGAGGAGGAAAAUCACCAUCUUCUCAGUCAGAUCGACACACUGAUGCUGCAGAACCGUGCCUUGUUAGAGCAGACUAUGGAGAGCAAGGAUCUGUUUCACAUCGAGGAACGGCAGUAUAUUGACAAGCUUAACGACUUGAGGAGGCAGAAGGAGAAGCUGGAGGAGAAGAUAAUGGACCAGUAUAGGUUUUAUGAGCCCUCACCUCCUCGCAGGCGAGGCAACUGGAUUACUCUAAAGUUAAAGAAGUUGAUCAAAUCUAACAGUCGUGAAAAGGGACUGGAUCACGCUCUCACACCAGCAUACUCAGAGCCCACCGAGGCACAACUCUCAUGCCACGACGGCAGCUCCAUCAUCAGUUCAGACGGCUCUGGGGGCUGGACUUCCACUUCAGCAGGUGACACCAUCUCACCUCAGCGGCACAACACCACUCUGAAACUGUUUCCCCAUAUGAGGAACAGACUGAAGAACAAAGACAAAGUCAAGUCCCUCAUCCGACGUUCCUUGUCCCUGAGCAGCAUGGUGUACCCGUCUGAGGAGCUGGACGGGUACGAGGCCGAUGCGCAGGACGGGAAAGAAGCAUUGACCUCAUUCAUUAGCACAUCCAUCAUGUCCAUCCUCCACCUGCAUCCCACCACUGAUACAUCCAUCCAACGCCACACUACAGCCACUGACACUGAUGUCCCACAUGUGUCAGAACUGACAGGUAUAAACAUCUAUAAGGAUUCAGAUGAUAGUGCUGUGCCAUCUGGUUUUGAGGACAACGACGUGCUGCAGCAUCACGGUCUUAACGUGGUCCAGGAUCGAGCUCAAAGCGAGAGCAGUGGUGAGUUCAGCAUGAGCCUGGAUAAUGAGCCCUGGUCAAAUGGCAGCAGCCCUGUCCAGCAGCCGCUGUCUCGCCGCUCUUCUUCGCCAUACCAACCACCCCGUGACACCUCCGCGCCCCAGCACGUACAGAAGGACUCCUCCACAGCACACAAGGACAAAGCAUCCACCAUGCCCAUGGAAAAGAACCAUGACUCUGAUUUUAAGCAAAAAGAGACUGCCUCAACCCAAGACUUCUGGCUCACGCGCGGAACAAAGAGUAUUAGAAGGGGAUCAAAAGGAAAAGAGACACGUCGCUCAUCAGAUUUAGGCGGCGUGGUCGGCACAAAUUUAAAAUCUAGCUCCAGUAAUACUGAAUGUACCAACGCUUGUGCACCAGUUACAGUGUUCUAUGUUCAGGGUAAGUCGUCCUCAAUGUCCGGGUGCCUCAACUGCUUCUCCAAUCCUUUGGGAAAAGAAGGGCGACUCAAGGGAUUCGGGUCUCCUAAAGGUCUCCCUCGUGCCAGCAGUGUGAUUUCCACAGCUGAUGGCCCAUCCAGACGCCCCAGCGUCAACGGCAACUGCAGGGUGCCUGUCAAGACUGAGAAACUUCCUGCCCCAGUGUCAGAAAAGUGCAAUAACCAGGAGAAACAAGAAACAACAUUCAAGACCAGUCAACAACCAGAAGUCAGUGACAGCAGUCGGCCUGAGCACAUUCCUCCAGUCAAACCUCCCAGAGACCCAGCACUUCACAAAUCCCCUGUACAGGAGUCUGAUUUAAACUCUCAGUUUACACUCAACGCUGUCUUUUCUAACACAAUCUUCAGUGAUUCUGUAGGGACAACUUGUCCGAACGCACCAGACCUUUUCCUCUCAGAGUCCACAUGUAAAGCCACCAGCGAGCCAGGAGUCUACUCGUAGCCAUUUGGUGCCAGCAUGUUGGCUGUGGACUGGAAGACAAGGAUAAAUAACAUAAAAUCAUGGUGUUCUGCAAUUCAAGCAAAGGCUACUACUAACUGUACAACUAAAUAAAAACAUCAUUAGUUAGGCUUUCUGCCUGUUGGAUUAUAGUGGUGGUGUAAUGGUACACGCUGCUGCUGCCUUUCAUGUAGUACGAAUUCUUUUCCCAGCCAGGGACACCUAGCCAUUGGGGAUGUUCGGUGCAUACCUCCCAAUGUUUGCAUGAUAAAAAUAAGGGAAAUUGAGAGGAAAAGCUGAAAGAGAGGAAAAAAGUAGCUGAUUUUACAGCAAUCCAUGUGUUUGUUCAAGUAUGUGCACUUCUGCUAUGGUCAGUAUAUAUAUAUAUAUAUAUAUAUAUAUAUAUAUAUAUAUAUAUAUAUAUAUAUAUAUAUAGUGGUGCCAAGAAGAAGGAGUCGCAGGCGGAGUUAUUGGAACAGCAACUGGGAACAUUUAUUUCCCUGCUCCUCUCGAGCUUACAACCUGAGAGAGCAAAAUGCACAUGUCUCUCAAAAGGAAAAACAAAGUUCCCUCAACCAUAAGGGCCCAGAUGAAACUGCAACUCACAUAAAGUUCCGAUGGGUGAAUUAUGUCCAACAUGCGCCACUAUAUAUAUAUAUACAUAUAUAUA